UAGAUUCUACCUCCAUGAUUCUACCCCUCGAUUGUCUCGAAUGUUGGGGCAACCAAUUGAACCAAUUUGUUCGUUGGUAAUUACAAACCGUCAUUCGUUAGAACGGUUCAGCAUUUUUAAGAAGAACAUUUUCGAGAUGUAGUUGAAAGGGAUUUAACUUUUGUGAUUUUUACUUUCUAACAAGUUUAUUCUACGUGACAGCUGUAUUGUUUUAAGUAACCUACGUAUAGAAAUAAGUAUCAACGAGAAUGGACGGAGAUGAGAAAAGGCAGCGGGCUUUAGAGGCUGGCCGGGAAAUGCUUGCAAAAUUUCAAGCUGAACGUUUGUGCAGUAGUCAUAAUAGCAGCACUAAUCAUUCAGCUGAACCUUCAGAUGCCGAAUUCUCUCACAACGAAGCCCAGGUGCCAUCUACCGAAACUCAAGGUGCCAGUAUUAGUAUGAACGUUUCUUUGAGAGAUUUGACUCAUAGCAGUGUUAGUAUGAGCGAAGGAGAGGGUGAAGGUGACUUGGAAGGGAUGGCUGGUAGGGUAGCUGAGCUGGAGGAAUUGCUCCAAGGAAAAGAAGCAGUAGUGGAAGCUCUGAAUGCUGAAAUUGAUAAUUUGAGAGGUGAAGCGUCAUCUCCAAAUUCAUCUCAAAGCCAUGCUAGCAGUAUUAAUUACAAAGACCUUGUGCUGACUUAUCACGCAAAGCUCCAAGAAUUCGAAAGAGCUGUUAGCCAACGUGAUAAGCUCAUAGAAGAUUUAACUGCAUCUCUGGAACAAACACUUUCAGCCCGAGACAGUUUGUUACUCCAGUUGAAUGCUCUGAACGCCAUGCAACUGGAAAAUAGAGCUCCUGCAGUUGAUGAUGAUAAACCUUUGCGUGAAAAAAUAACUAGUAUGGAGAAUGAGUUAGUUGAACAAAAAAUGCUUAUCCAUGAGCUGCAAACUCAGCUCAAUAAAUCCAGCAAGAAUGAAAAGAGGCUAGAAAUGGCGAGUGAAACGCAGAAAGCUGAGAUAAAUGACUACAAACUUCAGAUCGAUCAGUUGAAUGAGCGUAUUCGUAUUGGAGCAGCUGAAAACAAUUUGAAUAUCAAUGAAACACUAGAACAACAAAAACAAUAUGAAGCACGUGUUGAAAAAAUCAAACGUGAUAUGCAAGUGAUUUUGGAAAAAUUUACAAAUGAGACUAACGCACAUGCAGCAAAGCACCAGAGUGAGCUAAAGGAGUUGUCGGCGUCUCACAGUGAGGAGCUUAUUCGGCUUAAAGAUAAGUACGAAUCACAAUUGAAACUACUCACAGAAGAAAAUAGAAUAUUAUCUGACCGUCUGAACAGAGAGUUGCCGGAUCUCGAAAGUAGGCAUGCCAAAGAGCUGUCCGUGUUUCAAACCCAAUUAACAAAUUAUAAAAAAACAGUUGAGGCGUUAAAAUUGGAACUGAUGAAUCAUUCAGAAGCCCAGAAAACAGCCCAGGCGGAAGUUGGAUUAUACAAAUCACGCAUUGAAGAUCUUACAUUGCAAAUGGAGAGCAAUCGUCGUCAACAAUCAUUGAAGUAUAAAGCUGAGAGAGAAAUGUUACAGGAACAAAUAAGGCUGCAUAAAAUUCAGCUGGAUGAAAUAACCUCGAAGUAUGUAGCGUCUACUAGUGUUUUGGAAUCCAAAGAAAGUAUCGAACGCUCAUUGGAACAAGCUUUGACCAAUGUUACAAUACUAAGGCAGGACAAUGAAUCGCUCAAACAUAAAUUAGACGAUCUUUCGGCUAAGUACUCAGCUGCUCAGUCUCUCAUUGAAAACAGUCAACUACAUGAGCGAUCAAUGAAUAGUAGAAUAUUUGACUUAGAAAAGUCAUUAUCGCGUUUAAGUGGAGUCAGUAUUAACACGGGGAGUGAAUUCAAUGAAACCACAUAUCAGACGUUCGACGAAGUAGCGUUGCAGUUCCAAAUGACUAAGCAGAGGUUGGAUGAGAAAGCAUUAUUAGAAAGGAAGUUGGUCGAGAGAAUUAAUGGACUGGAAAAUGAUGUUGCUAGAUCAAACGAAGAACUGGUACAAGCUACAGAACGAUUAGAAAGAGCUAGUGAUGAGUUGCAAAAAGUGAACCAGGAAUUAGAAAAGGUUACUCUCACAAAUCGGUCGUAUGAAAAACAAUUAAAAGAUAUGAGAAAUUCGCGUGACAAAUUGAAGGGCGAUUCGGAUUCAGUUAAAGAAUCAACUUCUGCUACAGCAGAAUUGUUCCAAGGUUCACUGUAUUUUGGAGCAGACGAAGAAACUCAAAAAGGAUGUGCUGAAUUUUCAAAAGAAACAGACUUGUGUCAGAUAAAACUAUUAAAGGAUCAAAUCGAGAUAUGCAGAAAUGAAAAUAAGAACUUGCAGGAGCUGGUAACUAAAUUAGACAACGAAAAAGAACAUCAUGCCAAACAUAUACAAUCAUUAACUGAUAAAUUAAAAAGAUCCCAGGAUGAAGCUGGUCAACUAAAAAAAGGACUUGCAGCUGCAUGGGAGCAAUGCGCAGAAGUUGAAGAAAGAUUAAAUCAGACUUUGGCAGCUAAUGAAAGUAGUUUUAAUGAGUCAAUGUUCACCAUUUCACAUAAGGAUGGUAAAUUGGGUGAUCAAUCCGACUCGCCAAAUGCAACGACUCAAGACCCAGAGGUUUUGUUGAAAGGUGAUACAAAAUUAUCAGUUGGAAGUCAGCAGUUACAGGUAGAAGUUGCUGCAACCUUGGAGAGAAAAAUAGCUGAAUUAAUUGCGGACAAAGAAGCAAUAACAAAAGAAAAUGAAACCUUGAUUGAAAAACUGCAAAAUUAUGAAGACGUUACUGUUAAAUUAGAGAAGUUACAAGAGAAAUUCGAUGAAUUGAAUCGAGAAAAGCAGAGGUUACUCGAGGAGAAUGAACAUUUAACUAACAAGCAAUCCAAGGAAAAUAUAAACAGUCUUCAAUUACAAAUACAACAAUUAAUAGAAGAGAAAAAUUCUCUGCUUGAAGAAAAAGAUGCAUUAUUGAAACAAAACCAAGAAUUGAUAGAAAAACAUGGUAACGCAAUGAAUGUAAUGAAAAUGGAGACAGCUGGUGAAGCACAGAAUUUCAAGUCUUUGUCAUUAGGUUUGCAAGAUAAUACUUUGAGCCUAAGUAAUCUUAAAGUAGAGCUCGAGACUCGUCAUGCCAAAGAAAUGGAAGAAUUGAGGACAUACUUCGAACAAAAAUGUUUACAGAUGGAAAAACAGUAUUCUGAAGAAGUGUUCAGUCAGCAGUCCAAAAAAAUGUCUGAUAAUGACAGUGAGAUAGAAGAACUAACUGACGAUUUAUACUUUGGAGGAGGUGGUGGUGAUUGUUUGAAUAUUUCUGGUCAGCAUUCAAAGACUGACAGCGAGCCUAAAAACAAAAUUGUUCAGAACGAGAAUGAAAAUAUGCAAGAAUCCAAGUUAGAAAAUAGGGAAAAAUUUACAUCGAUACAACAAGAAUUAUACCAGAAAAUCCAAGAGCUAGAAGAUCUUAAAGCUGAUUAUGAACGGAAAUUCCUAGAGCAGCAAAAACUUCAUGAAAAAGUUGUGCACGAUUUAGAAGCACAAGCAGAUAGACGUGGGCCCUUCAAAGCAGUUAGUCAGCCAUGUCAAACGGAUUUGGAUCCAAUUGCUCUGGAAAGUGGCGAAUUGACGGAACUGAGAGCUGCCUACAGUCAUCAGCUAGAAGAACAAGUCGCACUGGCCAGGCUUGAUAUCGUCAACGCACUUCAGGAACAGAUACAGCGUGACAUCGGCAUUAUGCAGGCAUUGCUGUCGACCGAUGAAUCAGAUGCACAACAGAGUUGGCCUGCCGAACUUCUCGAACUCCGAAAUAAAUUCACUGAUGAUUCCAAGCGUGAAAUACAGGAGUUAAAGGAGCAACAUCUUCUGGAACUGGCUCGACUUAAAGAAGAACACUCACGUUUGCUGUCCAGAUCCAUCGAACGACAUGAACAGGAACUGAAUAAAAUCAGAACAGAACUCCAGGAUACAGGAAAGCAACGGCUAGAAGGUGGUGAUUUGAGCCAGGAAAAUCAACUCAUCAGAGAAAGAGACAACUUACACAAGACGUGUUUGACCCUGAAAACCUUUGUUAGUGAGCUGAUCAACUACUUUACUAUGUGUGAAGAAGAAGUUAACAAUACCUUAAUAUAUGAAGUGCUCAAGACUCAACUAUCAAAAUCUGUAGUUAUGGAAAGUGACAAAGAACAGGCGUCGUUUAACAAUAUUGAGGGGCAUGGUGAUAAUUUAUCAUCAAACAUCAGCUGUCCUGCUGCUGAAACAGCUUUGGUAAAACCUCCAGUGGCUAAUAUCAAACGAGUCCAUUUUGCACCUCGUCAUGCUACCAUCAAAACCCUGAUGAAAGAUGAUAGUUCAUUAUCCGAAUUAACGGAUUGUGAAACGGACAUUGCUCAAGAGCUGAAAAUUGAGCUGGAUAACUGUUUAGAUCGUCUUAAAUCCGAGGCUGCCCAGAUACUGGGAGUUUCAUCAACACCUGAAGAAUCUAAAAUUGAUAUCCUUGCAAAGCAAGUUCUGUGGUCUAGCAAAGUAAAUGAAGAGCUCGGUAUUAAAUUUGCAGAAGCAGAAGAUCUGAUAUUUAGUUUCCAACAAGAAAACGAAUCUCUGCAAAUAAAGAUACAAGAACUACAAGGAAAGUUGACUUCUCUCGUCAAUAAAAAGGAAAUAAUCAGUGAAGGAUAUGGAGAACAUGAAGAGUCAGGAGUUGAUGUAAUUGCAGAGAGUUCGUCUCAACUUCAAGAAAGAGUGAGAACUGUGUUAUCCAAUGGAGGUGGCGACAAUUCUUACCUAUUGCAGUUGAUAGAAGAUUUAUGUCGACAAGGUGACAAAGUUGCAGAUGAAGCAAGAAAGGAGAAAGAAGAUUUGCAGUUACAGCAGGUAUCUUUUGACCCCACUCCUCCCCCAUACAUUCACAGGGUUUGCUGCCGAAAGAUUGAGGCAGCAGACAAACAGCUAAAAGCCAUGCGAAAAUUCCUUGAAGAACAGGCUGGUGAGCGUGAAGUUGAAAGAGAUGAGGCAGCUCGCAAAAUAGAAUUAUUACUCGAACAGCUCAAAGAGAAAGAUCGUGAAAAAGAACGUGAUCAACGCAUCACCACGGAGCUGUCUCCGCUAUCGCCUCUACCACCAUCAACUCAUGCAGUUGCCCAACUGCUUCGUUCAACUGACAUCGAAGCGACUGUGGAAGCUCUUGAAUCCCAGAUGCACGAGAUGUCAUCUAUGAUGUCAGAAGCUGAGGCUCGAAAGUCUGAAGUUGAGAGUGAAUUGAAGGCAGCAAUUGACAAGAUAUGGGUCUUGCGAGACAUCAUUACCGAUCUUGAACAACAGGUCCAAAUGAAGACGCAAAGGGAAGAGGUUUUACAAAACCAGAUUGACCAGUUGAAAGAAGAGAUUAAUGCACAAACUAGAAAUCAGCAAGAAUUAACACAAGAGUUAGAUGCAAUUAAAAUGGGGAGCGAAAACAGUCAACUAAAUGAGCACAUUAGUCAUCUUCAGGAGGAGCUCAGAAAACAUAAAAUUAGCGCUGAACAUUUUGAUGUAAACUCAUCCGCCUUGAAACAAAUGAAAAUGGAAUUACGAGACAUGGAUAUUCAGUUUGAUAAAAGAAUUAAAGAACUUGAGGCAUUGCAUAUGUGUGGCUCCGACUUAAGCUUAAGUCAACCUAGUGAAGAUAUUUCUGUGAGGGAACAGAUUGAUGCACGUCGAUGUCCCACGCCGGAUGACCCCCAGGCCCCACCUACUUUGCCACUUGAUCAGGUUCUCAGACUGAAAGAAAAAAUGAUAAAACAUAGUAGAGCUGAAGAGGUUGCUUUCAGGAAGAUUAAAGACCUAGAUAUGCAACUAACGGCUUUGAAAAAUCAAAACGAGGAGCUUCAAGCAGAACAAGAAAUCUUACAACAGACUACUUCUGAGCAGCUAUUCCAAAUUGAAGCAAUGCGGGGCCGACUUGAGCAACAAAAACAGAGUGCUCCCUUUGCUCAAAGGCAGGCAACCUCACGAUUGGAGCUACAACUGCAUGAAGCUAAUGCCAAGCUGCAUUCGUUAGAACGAGGACUAGCUGAUAAAGAGCUACAGAUAAGAGAUAUUCAGAUGCAGUUGGAUCGUGCAAAUAAAUUGUUAUUAGAAAAAGAAGGGGAAAUCGCAAGUGUUGUUCAAACUGAGAAUAACACGAUCCAGAAGUUAAGAGAUCGUCUUGAAGUGAUUGAAGAGGAAAAAAAAUUACUAGAGGCAAAGGUCGGAUCGCAGGAACGAGUUCAGCAGGAGUUACCGCAUCUGCUUGAUUCCAUGCUGGAGGAUAAAAACGAAGAGAUCGAUCAUCUGAAAGACCAAUUGUCGAAGAAAGAGAAACAGUUAGAGAUGUACCUCUCUCUUAAUUUGGAUGAGAAUCAACUAAAAGAAUUCUUGAAACAAGCAGAGCCUAAGAACAGUGCUCGCACUCUGAGCGAUAUUCUGUCCAUUCAUUCCGAGUGUGAAGAAUUUCCAGAAGCAAUUAGGGAGGCUGUUAAUCUGACACAAACCUUGCCGUACAAUCUUUCUAACUUGAGGACUCCGAGUGACACGAGUCAACCGAAAUAUUCCAUACAAGUAACUCCCAUGCCUGCAAUUGAACCAAUAAAAACAGGAGCUGAUGUACCUCGAUUAGAAUUGCACUCUCAAUCUCGAAGCUUGUCCGAGAGCUCUAUUCCUCAUUCUCAGAGCUUGAAUGGAGCAGUAUUAAUUCGCAGUAUAUCUGAAUUAAAAUCGCCAACAACUGAGGAUAAUAGUAGUUCUGGUCAAGAAAACGCGAAUUCUCGUAAUGUACUGGAGAGUGAAGGAAAUGAAGAAAAUCUGUCCAAAGAAAAUUUAUCUCUGGAAGCGCUAGAGUCUAGUCCGCUUAGAGUUGAAGAACCAUCACCUGGUCUAUUAAACGAAAGUGUUAGCCAGUGUCCACGACACGGUAACAUCUCGACCGAAUCAAAGAAUAAGAGUCUCCAGAAAUCAGCGGAAGAUUUAAAUCACAGUCUAAUCCAAGGUCUGGAAAAUCAGUUAGGUCGGAUCAAAGACGAACUUGAAAUAAAAUCGAAUAAAUUGAUCGAACGGGAAGCAGAGCUUGAAGCCAUGCAACGCGACCUUCUAGAACUCCGUGUAGAAUUGAAAGAUACAAUUGAAACAUUGACAUGGGAUAAAUUUUUCUAUAAAGAACAGUUCGAAUUGACUCAAGCCUCGGAAAGUAAAAUAAAACAAGAUUUAGUCGAAGUUGAAAAUACGUUGAAGCUGAGAACAGAAGAACUAGAGGAACAUAAAGGUAAAAUUCAAACAAAUGAAAGAAUCUUGAAUGAAUUGCGUGAAGAAAAUAAUCGCAGAAAGAUGGAAUUCGAUGCUCAAGUUAGCAAACUUGUUGAGAGAAUCGAAGAAACUCUGCGGGAAAAGACUCAAGAACUGAAGAACCUCAGAGAAAUUAUUUUUGAAAAAGAUAUCACUAUAGAAACACUUGGUACUCGUAAUAUUGAGAUAGAAAGUGAAAACAAACAGUUGUAUGAGUACAAAACGAAAUUUGAAUCCUGCAAACAAGAGUUGUCUAAUUGUGAAGUUGAAAUGCAGAGAUUGACAGAAGGAUUGAAUAAUAGGGAUUUACUCAUUAGACGACUAGAGGAUAUGGCAAGGCGAUCUAGUUUGUCGGGUGCUUCAUCACCCAGUGAAAAUAAAGACCAAGAAAUUCAUCACUUGCAAGAACAUCUUAAAGAAAAGGACAAAGUUAUUCGACAAAUGAGCGAUGAUAGUAAGAGUUUGCAAAGAGCUUUGGAAACUAUACAAAAUAAAAUGAGAGAAUCUGGUAAUGUUGUCGAAUUGAGAAGAAAAUUGAAAGAAGAAAGAAGGGUAAAUACGGAACUCAAAGAGAUGGUUGAAAAAUUGCAAGAUGAACUUGAACACCUUCGACCUCAUUCAUCUCAACCAUCAGAAGACGAAGACGAUAUAGAAGAUAUGGUUCAAAGAGAACUCCAGGUGUCUGCACGCCUUGACAAACAAAUCAUGAGCGCUAUCGAGAGUGAAACCGAAGACGGUGUAGGUACCAGAAGACGUAUUGAAAAACACGCGUGUAAUUCGUUGGAUAUCGAACCUGUCGAUCAUGUUAGGCGAGACAAAGUUGCGCAAAGAUAUAACGACCUUCGUCUGAAGCUAAAAGCAGCUCAAAAAUCGAAUGAGGAAUUAACGAAAAUGAAAGAUGACUUAGAGAUCGUGACUGAAAUGCUCAAAUCUCAAAUCACGGAAUACGAAAACCGUAUACUACAAAUAAAGUCAGUCUUGGAAGAAGAGUCAAAAACUGUGACCAGAUUAGAUAAAGAGCUUGCGAGAGAAAGAGAUACAAGUCGCCAACUCAAAAUACAUUAUCAGAGGGAACAAACCGCCAGCCACCAGGCUCAAAUGCAAGACUCUGAAAUGAUUGCAGCUUUGAGGAUGAAGUUGGAAGCUUCUCUGGAUGCAGAGGCGAAAUUGCGUUCAGACUUAUCGGCGAUGCGUCGAGAACACAAGAGCAUAGAAACGGAAUUAAAUGUUGUCAUAGAAAAAAUGAAAGCUCAGAAGCUAGACGAUGCAGUCGAUCUAAAAGAGAAAUAUCUACAAGAGAUGAUUGAAGCAGAACAAAAAAAAUAUGUAGCCAUUGCAGAAAAGUGUGAAAAGGAGGAAAGAAAAAACAUCGAACUCGCAGAUAAUAUCCGUAGAAUAGAGAACGAGAAAACAAGGUACGAAAGAGAAUUGGAAUUGGCUAAUGACCACAAAGAAAAAUUGGCUAGCAAACUGGCUCUAGUUGAGGGAAUCAAAGAACACUUGGAAACAGAUUUGAAAAGAACCAAAGACGAUUUAAAAGCUAGAGAAGAAGAAUGCGAAUGGCUGCAAAAAAGAAUAGACACUAUUACUGAAGCUGAAGCAAAGAGGCAACAGCAAAGAACUGACGAACACAACGAAUUAAAAAGUCUUAGACGAGAAAUCGCCAACACUCGAGAAGUUAUGCUUGACCUUGAAGCAGACAUGUUGCAAUCCAAAAAAGAAUUGGCGAAAUAUCACGAAAGACAGGAGCAAUAUGUUCAAUACAUCGAAACUGAACGAGCCAGGACAGCUGAGUUGGUGAAGAAACUGGCUGCUGCUAAAGAUGAGGAAAAAAGACUAAAAGAAGUCAUCGGUGACAUGCAAAAUGACCUGCAAAUAAGCGUGAAGAGAGAACUUGAGCUUACCAAUGAAUUACAAAACGAAAGACUUUGCAGUGAAAAAAAUAUUCCAGCUAAAUUUGUCCAAAAAAUCCAGCAUUUGAAUGAAGAUUUGAAAAAACAAGUGGCUGACAAAAAUGCUCUCCAUGAAAAGCUAAUUAAAGCAAGAGAAGAAAAGGAACUGCUAGUUACAAGAGUCCGAACUCUAGAGUCCCAAAUACUGCAUCAAAAUCAAACGGCAAACAAUGCGAGCGCAAUGAGCGCAGAGAUGGUGGAAAAAUUACAACAUUUCUAUGGAAAGUUUUUGCGGACCGAUAGCCGGCGCAAAGCAUUAGCGUACCAGAAACGUUAUCUACUUUGCGUAGUCGGUGGAUAUCAGCUCUGUGAGGCAAGUACGCUAUCCGUACUUGCUCAGCUGACUAUUGUACAGCGAGAGCACACAACCACCAGUAACAACCGAAAAUCGCCGAAAGUUCGCUUUAGAUGUGCAGUCUUGGCCGUAGUCAGCAUUCAUAGGAUGAAGUGGUUGAUCGUCCGUUGGCGAACCGGUAGGAGAGUUGGCGCUAAUGCUGUUCUUGGAAUUCCUGACCAAUCAUUCAUACCACUACGCAAAACGACCUACAACCAUUCGCCACCUGUCAAAGAUAGGCCGCCGAACACAAGAGACAACAAUCUUGGAGGAUUCACUCUAGAGCACUAUCUGGACCGUUUUGCAAGUAUUCAAAAAAAACUGGACCAUGCUAUGAUCGAUGUCGGUCACCUGACGUCUGACUGAUAGAGAUUGAUUACUUUUAAUACAUUACCUCAAACGUUUCGUUUACUGUUUCGUGAGUACAAAAAAUAUCAAUUGUUACUAUAUUACAUUUAUAAUAAUGUUGGACAAAUUGUGCCCUGCACAAAUUGCAUAAUGCAGUCAUCGAUAGAUGGCUUGUAUGGGAUGGCAUUUUCUGUCUGUGUAAAGUUGAUACCCGCGUUUAAAAAUCGUUGGAUCAACCACACUAAACGAAAAUGUAAAAGAAAACUGGGCAUUCGAACAAAAACAAUUAGCUUGUUAACGUAGGUCCUGAUUUGAUUGAAUCAUGUAUAUACACGGCAUUCGAUACAACGAAUAAGUUCAACAUAUUUCGAUGGUUUGCAACUAGUCUUAAGGUUUUAACGUAUAAUAUUUUUAUUGUAUUUUUUUCUUCCUUUUUUACCGAUUUUAUGCUAGGUUUGUCGUAAGUCGUUGUAGAGUUAAUUUCGUACCCGGUAAUGAAUGUGAUUUUGUUGAGCCGUCUGAUUAAGCGUCACACAUACCUAUUAUUCCAAGGAACAUGACCAAAGCAUUUUGGAGCUUUUAAUAUUUAGCGUUUACGGUAGAAACGAACAUGUGCCUUGUACAAUGUAUUAUAUAUUUAUUAAAUGACUGUUUUUUAUAUUAUGAAUGAAUAAAACGUUACCACUCUA